ACACCAUCAUCACCACCACCACCAACAACAAUGUUACCGUCAAACCUAUGGUUGGGUCGACACGUAUGUCUAAUGAUUACCGGUGCCAGUCGUGGCUUUGGCCGUCAAAUAGCCUUAAGUUUGGCAAAAAAUUUUGUCGACUAUCACAACCAACGAUGUCAGGAAAGUCCGGCCAAUUGCGAUACCGAUUAUAGUCUAUCGUUUGUACUGAUGGCCCGCAAUGCWGCAGCACUUCAGGGACUGUCCCAUGAGUUGUCCGCUAUUCACGAUCGACACAUACACGUAGUGGAUAUCAUUUGCGGCUCAUUGGACGACCCGAUAACUGUCGAAUCGUUUGAUAGGACGUGUCAAGCGAUAGACAGUGGUUGCGGCCGUCCGUACGAUCAGCUAAUUGUCGUACACAAUGCCGGAACUCUCGGCGAUGUCAAUCAACGAACCUCGGAUUACGGUCCCGAUUCUAGGCUCAAGAUUGUCAACUAUUUGGACGUUAAUCUCGUUAGUGUUAUGCAAAUGAUGGGCAUAUUUCUGGGACACUUCCAGGCCGUCGAGCACCGGCUGGCCAUAAAUAUCAGUUCRUUGUGUGCACUGAAAGCGUUUGAUGGACUGUCCCUCUAUUGUAUCGGUAAGGCCGCACGCGAUGCCUUUUUCCGAUCGGUAGCACUGGAAAAUCCUACCGUACAGGUGCUCAACUAUUCGCCCGGACCAUUGGAAACCGAUAUGGUCGAUACGUUGCGUAACGAAGGAUACCUGUGCGAUAUAUACAAACAAAUGGAUAUACUAAAACCGGAACAGUCGGCCAACAGGCUUAUUGAGAUACUCGAACAAAAUGAUUAUACAUCCGGCGAUCACGUCGACUAUUACCCGCCGACGCCGCCRMCACCACCGACGACUGCCAAAAGUACUGCUGUCUAACAAACAUACCGUUCCUCUCUCUCUCUCUCUCUCUCUCUAAAAAUCAAUGGACUGAUAAAUUGUCUAUCAAUUUGAUCGCACAAUACUAACACCCUUUUAAUUAAUUGUCAACAACUAUAUUAAAAAAAAACUUCAAACAGUAUUAUGUUUAGUACCCAUCCUCCACA